AUGUCGACCGUCCGCGCCACGGUUCUGAAACAAUGGAUGAAUCUCGGAUAUCCUGGCGGCGCCGCCCUUCCCGUAUUUGACGUCAUCGGUACGGACGCGUUCCAGGAGGCGGACGUGCUGGGCAUCUCGCGCGGGUGCACCAAGUGGAACGUCGCGGUGCGGACGUGGCGGAGCUGCCGAGACACAUCGACGAGACGUUUGAGGUAG